AUGAAGCUUACGGAUUAUUUCAAGUACAAUAUAGUGCCGAAUGAUGAGGACUACAAAUGUACUCAAUAUAUGACCACCGAAUUCCGCUGGUAUUGGAAUCAGGUGUUCACGUAUUAUCCUAACAAGAAAGCUUAUACAUAUAUUAAGAUUACAGAAUCGCUUCUUUCGAAACGUCAGAAGUUGGAGUCGUCUUCGGAAACCAAAAAAUCUAAGAACACUUCGAAAUUGGUUUUAUGCUUGACACUCUCAUUCUUCAUUGCCGAGCUUCCCCUUGGUAUCGUUUUCUGGAUGAGCCAAUCGAGUAUUGUUUUAGGGGAGGAACGUUUUUUCUUUAUCGUAGUUACAUUUGAAAGAUUCUUCUCUUUCAUUCUCUCCGCAACCACUGCCACUCAUAUGAUUAUUUGUGUACUGAUGUCGUCGGAAUAUCGAGAAAAUGCUGUGUCACUAGUGAGAUCUGGUUACGUUCGCCAAAUAAUUCCAUGUAUUGCCUUCCCUGUAGUCACUUUAUUCUUGAUAUUGAAAAUACGGAAAGCUAAUAUUCAGCGUCAGAAGUUGGAGUCGUCUUCGGAAACCAAAAAAUCUAAGAACACUUCUAAAUUGGUUUUAUGCUUGACACUCCCAUUCUUCAUUGCCGAGCUUCCUCUUGGUAUCGUUUUCUGGAUGAGUCAGUCGGACAUUUUUGUAGUGGAAGAACGAUAUUAUUUCAUAUUGGAGGCAUUCGAAAAGUGCUUCUCUUUUAUUCUCUCCGCAACCACUGCAACUCACAUGAUCAUUUGUGUGUUCAUGUCAUCUCAAUAUCGGGAAAGCCUAAUAUCUGUUAUCCAAUGUGGUUUUGUUUCUCCGGCUAACGCUCGUCAAAAAGAGGCCAACCGAGUAAUUCGUGACGCUUUUCACCAACUGCAAAUGGUUCUGCCGUGGAAGAACAAUGAUGGAGUCCCGACAAGGCGAAUGAUUCUGUGGAGAGCUAUUGAGCACAUCCGUCGUCUUAACAGUAUGCUUGGAAAAUGA